GGAUGCCAGGAAAACCAUGUGAUGCAACCGAAAACGAGAAAUGCAAGAAGGAUGGGAAAGACUGUGUCCAAAUCGGCGACACAGCGCAGUGCAUUCCCCCAGGCAUGCCAAGAAAACCAUGUGAUGCAACCGAAAACGCGAAAUGCAAGAAGGAUGGGAAAGACUGUGUCCAAAUCGGCGACACAGCGCAGUGCAUUCCCCCAGGCAUGCCAAGAAAACCAUGUGAUGCAACCGAAAACGCGAAAUGCAAGAAGGAUGGGAAAGACUGUGUCCAAAUCGGCGACACAGCGCAGUGCAUUCGUGAGUAUAAUUUUUAAACCGUUUCCAUGGGUUUCCCCUUUCUUUAUGGAAAUCUGUGCGUAUUUGGCACAUAACAUUCCG